GCCGAAAGCUUCACCGCUGAUACAGUAUAUAGACAAACUCUUACAGCUUCACACACACACACACACACACACACACACACAAAACAAAAUGGUCACUCAUGAUUCUCGCAUUGUCAUUCUGGGCGGAGGUGCCUGGGGCCUGUCCACGGCGCUGUACCUCAGCGAGGCCGGGUACUCUGAUAUCACCAUCCUAGAGCGAGCCGAGGCUAUUCCAUCGCCAUAUUCUGCUGCCUACGACAUCAACAAGAUCGUGCGGGCGGAGUAUGAAGAUGACUUUUAUUCCAAGCUGGCAUUGGAAGCAAUUGAGCAAUGGAAAACCCCCCUGUUCGGCCCCUAUUACCACCAAACCGGCUACGUGGUGGCAACCACCGGCCGGGCCCCUGCAAAGGCCGUGACGCACCUGAACAAAGCCCUGGCAUCGAUCGAGCGCGACCCGGCCUUUGCCCCGGGCAUCCGGCGACUGAACACGCCCGCCGACUUUCGCGAGUACACCUGGCAGUACUCGGGCCCGCUGACGGGCUUCACGGGCUACUUCAACCGGCUGGCCGGGUACGCGCACUCGUCGGAUGCGAUGCGGGGGCUGUGGGAGCACAUCUCCAAGCGGGGAGUCAAGUCGGUGCUGGGCGAGGAGGCCGGCAAAGCCGUGCAGAUCAAUUACGCGGCAGGAAACAGCGGCAGGGCGACUUCAGUGACGACGGCCGAUGGCAAGACACACCCGGCCGACCUGGUCAUCUCGGCGCUGGGCGCACACAGCGCGGCGCUGAUCCCGCAGCUGGGCCAGACCAGCGUCGCGCGCUGCUGGUCGGUGGCCCACGUCCAGCUGACGGAGGAGGAAUGCAACCUGCUGCGCGGCAUCCCGACGACCAACAUCCGCGACCUGGGCUUCUUCUUCGAGCCGGACCCCAAGACGAAGCUGUUCAAGCUGUGCCCGCUGGGGAUCGGGUACACCAACCCUGGGGCGGACGGGGUCUCGCUGCCGCCGGGCGACCGGCUGCCGCCGCCGCAGGACUUCAUCCCGCGCGCGGACGAGGACAAGCUGCGGACGCUGCUGCGCGAGACGUUCCCGUGGAUGGCCGAGCGGCCGUUUGUGGACAAGAAGCUGUGCUGGUUCUCCGACACGGCCGACUCGGACUACUGCAUCGAUUUCGUGCCCGGCUCGGGCGGCUCCGUCGUCGCCCUCGCCGGCGACUCCGGCCACGGCUUCAAGAUGAUGCCCAUCUUCGGCAAAUGGGUGGUCGAGCUGCUGCAACGCGGCCAGCAGAGCGAGCCGCGCUGGCAGUGGCGGACUCCCUCGGCGGGAGGGCAGCAAUGGGGGGAUGCCGUCAGCUGGCGAGUCGGCCGGGGGGGGGAGUUGACGGAGCUUAUUGAGGCGAGUCGAUCGAAGCUAUAA